AUGAUUGAAAAUAAAUCGUACUUUACAAAGAAAGGACUAUCAGACAAUGAAGCCCAAGCUGUCGCAUUUGCUCUUUCGUUAUAUACCGGUCCAAAGAGUGAAACCUGUAAUCGUACCACUGGUCUGCUCAUCCGUAACAAAAAUGGCGAAGGACUUGAUGUAUCGAUAAAAGAAGAAAUGUACAAAGCUGCUGUUAUUUUAUAUUAUUUAGUUAAAGGUUUAUCAUAUAUACCAUACUACUGGGGUACUGUCACAAGACUAUGCCAACUAACUGACCACGAAUUAACAUAUUACAUGCCCGAAUAUUUGAUCACAUGGAUACAAUUUAGUAGUUCAAAAAAAGGUACAAGGGAAGUGAGUAACAGUUUGUUUAAAAGACGUAACACAAUUUUUAAAAUAUAUUCAUUGACCGGUCGCCCAAUAAAGCAAUUUUCUAACUGGCCGGAGGAAGACGAGGUCUUCUUUUUACCACAUUCAACAUUCCUCAUUAGCAAACUUGAAGUUCAAUUCCACGGUACACAACAUAAUACAUAUGCGGCAAGUGGAAUUAGGAUUAAGCAGUUGGUCAGUGUUAUGGACUGA